AUGUAAAAAGAUAGCUUAUUCUUGGUGAUAUAAAAAUUACCUAGAAAAAUUCUUAAAGGAUUGAUUUUAGGAGGAGGGUUUUGUUUAUUUGUCUUAAUUCUUUUUAAUUAUUUAGGUUUCACUUCAGAUGGUCCAAGAUCAAAGAGCUAUGCUUCCAAGCUCUAAUCAAGUUAUGGAGAUGUCCCAGGAGGAAGUAUUUUUGCGCUACUAUAAUCAUUGGGAUAAAAUAUUAAACCUAUCCUAAAAAUUGGUUGUGCCAUUUGUGUUGCAUAUUUGAUAAGAAAAAGGUUUAAAUGA